UCCAAGCCUAUGGAAAGCAGGAGUUUAUCUGACAUGCCCACUACUUUCUUCAAAGGCAUGCCUCGCUUAGGCUGCAAUCCAGUACCCUAAGUCUCAUUGAACCCAGUGGAGGUUACUUCUGAGUAGACAUGAAUUGGAUUGCAGCCUCAGUUAAGUAAGAAAGAUCGUUUAAACUAAGCGGUUUGAACAUUGCCUUCUGCCUCAAGUGAACUGAAAAUACAAGCCGUGAUGUCCUAGGGGGAUAGAAGCAACGCCGGAUUAGAGAGAAGCUGCCGUCUGCGGGGCGGGGCAGUCAAGUUUUUUCCUCGUCACUGCAUGCCCGCCCUCUGCACGUUGGCUUCCUUUUCCCCCCAGCCUUUUUCACGGGAGAUGGCGUUAGGAAGAGCGGCGCUUGCGCCAGAUCCGACUUUCUAAGCUGUUAGCAUCGCAAAGGCCGGGCGAGUGCAAAGCCAGCAGGAGCUAGGCAGGCGCCGCGCGUAAAGACGAGAGAGCGCGGCAGACUCCUGUCUUGACGAGGUAUCUGCAGAGGGCAACUCUAAACAUGGAUGGAGUAUUCCUCACACAGGCUAAAGCCAAUUCUGUCCUGAAAAGAUAUCCGCGGGCUAAUGGACUUUUGGAAGAAUUUAAGCAGGGAAACAUUGAGCGUGAAUGCUUUGAAGAACUCUGUAACAAAGAAGAAGCAAGAGAAGCUUUUGAAAAUGAUGAGAAGACGAUGGAGUUCUGGAAAGACUACACUAAGAGGCUCCAUGGAGAAACUAAUGGAGGACAUAAUUGGUAUCCAUUUUACCUUGUAUUUCCUUUAAUCAUUGGCCUUUUCAUUAUUCUUCUGAUCAUAUUUAUCACAUGGAGAUGCCUGUUCAAAAAGAAAAUGCGUAGACGUUCUGUGUAUGCACAUAACAGAACUAGAGACUCCACAGAUGACAGAACUGUAACAGAUGGUAGAAGUCCACUCCCUCAGCCACUCAGCAUUCUUCACUCCCCCCAGGAAGAAAUGUUUGAAGGCAGUGGACAUUCUCCAGGAUAUCUGACCUACAUAGAUGGGCGUUCUGACUCUAUAUCAAUCAGGCUGUCAAAUUAUGACCCACCUCCAUCAUAUGAGGAAGUUGCUGGUGAAAAUGGCAUGAGAAGAAAUGAAACUGCAUAUCACUUGGAUCCACCUCCUCAAUAUGAAGACAUUGUGAAUAGCAUUGCAGUACCCCCUGUUACCACUAAAUGAAGCCGGGAAAAUACUGUCUCCUUUCUUUAAAGGGUGGGGGCAGGGGAAGCCUAAGACUUUUUUGCACUUUAUUGCAGGUUAAUUAUACAUUUCAAAGAUUUGUACUGUUAACACUACUUCCUCUUCCCCUGUCUCAGUUUUGUUUUAUUCUGUGAACCCCUGCCCCUGGAAACAAUGCAAGCUUCAUCAUUGCUGUGCAUACUUCCAGAGAUGCAAUUUCUGUCUUUUAACGUUACUGAAAGUGAUUUUGUAGCAGACGUAAAGGGCUUCAUAAAAGUCGAGUUACAAAAAGGGAUUUAAAACCAAAAAAGGCUAAUAACCAAUUUUCCAAAUAACUUUGCCUUUUUGCUUAUUGUGCAUUAUAAGCCACACAGAGCAGAAACCAGUAAGUCAGCUCACACAAAGGUGAUACUCCUUGCCUCUGUUUGCCAAAGAAAGGUUUUUGCCAUAAGUAAAGCUGAAACACUUUGACAUAUAAUGCUUAUGAUAGUUAUGAGACAUGUAGUAUAUUGCUAGUUAACUAUAUGUUUAAGAGAGAGAAAAAGUUUCUGUUCUGGGGGGGUACUGAAUACAUUUUUUGACUCUGUAACCUGAAAACAUAUACUGAUAAUAAUUUUGUUCCUGCAGGGCCAGUGACAGGCAUGACUGGGCCCGCAGCUCUGUAAGGCCAAACACCUCAGCCCAAUACAAGCAGCUCAGUGCUUAAAUAAGCCCACCUACCUGUUGCUUCAACACAUCUAUGCGCACACUUGCCAUCACCCAAGAUGGUGGCUAAGCCAUCAAUGCCUUGGGGAUGCCCCCGCUGCCAUCUUGGAUGAUGACAGGCCUGCGUACGUAGGUGUUUUUACUGAUGUGCUGAUGCAACAGGUAGGUGGGGUGGGGAGGCUAAUUUAAGCUCCACGCCUGUAUCGGGGGGGGUGUACAUGGGAGUUCCUACUUUGUGAUCCACAGCAACAUCAGGUCACAGAGUCCUGCAACAGGACUCUGCCAUGCCUGAUCCUGCCGCAGAUUGCCAAACAGGAAUUUACCACCCCAGGCUAAGAAGGGGUCCUUCUGGGUCUUGGGGUCCCCAACCAGGCCUCAACAUGGCCACCUGCUGUUGCCGACACUGUUUUCCUAUCUUUAGUACAGCUAUAACUCUUCUUGUCUGCCAGAAGAAAGGUUAUAGGACACAUAGUUAAGAGACAAUAGAAUACAGGGAGAGGUAGCCAUAUAUGCUUGACUUAAGAUGAGAUCAAUUCUAUAUAGAAGCUCCUCAGGAAACAGCGAAGACAGGAAAUGUGCCUACUUGGGAGCCCAGUGUACUAAUUAUUCAGUGACCCGAUUGCAUCUCAAUGAAUUGCACCAGUUUGUAAUCACGUCAGAUUUUGAAAAUCAUGAAAUAGCCUGUUGUUUUUAGUAACAAUGCUCAAUUCUGCCUAGUCUGCUUUUUCACUUCAACAAAAAGAUUCUGUUUAAAGCUGGCUAUUCUCUGUACACAGAGAAGAGGCUACCCUUAUGACGGGAAAUCUUUAAGUGAAUUUAUCCAACAGUUGUUGACACUGUUGAAGCUUGAGUCUGUUUGAGGGCUGUGAGUAAUGGGGAAUAGUUAUUCUUAAUUAAACAAAAGUUUGCUUCAAGAAUUGGCAACUGCUAAAACCUGAACCAAAAUAGCCCUUCUGAGAAGUGCUGCUUCUCUUCACCCACCCCAUUCAGCUCUUAUUCCUCAGUUUGGAAAAAACAGAAAAUAAUGUGUGAGUACCCUUCACGUGUUUUGGAUUACAAUUUCCAUCAUACCUGACAAUUGACCAUGCUGUCUGGGGUUGAUGGGAGUUUUACUCUAAAACAUCUGGCACUGCCCUAAACCAUUUCAGACUAGGCUCCCAGACAAGACCGACUAUUGAAGAUCAGUUUGGCAGCUUUUCUCAUACUGGCCAUGGUAUUUUUCUAAAUUGAAAUUGGACACACACCAGAGUUGUGAGUCCCAUAGAUGUACCCAGAGAGUAAUCUUUUCUGAAGGCAAGUCAUUUCUGCAUUGGGGAGUUGACUUGGAUCAUUCAGUCGCUCUUCUGCAGAGACCCAGCAGAAGUGUGUUUUGUGUGAGAGUGACUGAAUGAUCCACAUCACACCCCCAAUGCAGAACUGAAUGAGAAUGCCCUGCUUCUAGCACAAGCUUGUUGGCAAGAAGAUAUGCCCAUAGCCUCAAAGAACACUUUGAACAACCUAGUUCUCACAGCUCAUUAAUGAUUUCUGUGUCACAUUAGCUUGCCCUGACACACAUUUUGGGGAUGAAUGGUCGACGUAUUUAGUUUAAAACUGUAAGCACACUUCAUAAUUUGAAUUUAGCAUAUCAUGCAAAUGGAAGAAAACUUAACUAGUGUAAAAACUAGUUAUUCAGUGUUGGGAUUUUAUGUCUGAAGCCGUUUAAAUACUUGAGUAUGUAGGAUGCUGUUUUAUUUGGACUCUGUUGAAAAUUACCUUGUUCCAGGGGAUUGCCCCCCCCCCUCGGUAGAGCCUCAUGGUAGACUAUUCCUCAGAAAAUGAAGGAAGAGGGGGUGUGAUAAGUAACUAGGUAUGGGCUCUCUGUGGAGCCUGAAAGCAAAAAUUAGACUUAAUUGUGUUCUGAGAAUGCUAACUCUACUUGUUCAGUGGAACAUCUUUUUUGCUAUUGUGCUCAGUGAAUCUGUUACAAAAUAGAAUUAUUUUUUUCUCCCAUGCAACUCUGUUAAGCUGCUAUGUUGGCAGGAGGUGUUCUAUUGACAUGGGUCAGCUCCAGGUUUAGUCAUGCUUCGAGUAGGCCCAGUGAAAUCAGUGGGAUUAGUCAUAACCAACGUUUCAUUGGCUUCAAUGGGUCUACUUUUAAGUCUUGAUCCAACCCAAUGGGUAUAUAUUUGCUUGAGGGCACUGAUUAUAGUGAGCAUAGAACCACACGGUGGUGGUGAUACCACAUGUACUAAGUAGAACAAAAGUAUGAUGAUAAACUGUAGACCCAUGUGCACAUUACCCUACCCUACCCUCUCUCUUUUUCCUUCCAACCUUCUUUCUUGCUUUCCUGAGAGUUCCCAUUUUGUGUUUUUAAACAUUUUCCCAAUUCUUGGACUGGGAAUUCUAAUGCAUAUUGGUAAUUGUGAGUACAGAAUCAAGAAGCAGCCAUGUGAGUCUGUAUUUUCAGAAGUGUUGGAUCUUGGGUUUCAGCAGGGUAUGUGUUUUUUUUAGCUGCCAUGGGGGCAGGAUGGUUUUACGUUUUUGCUCAGAUGUGAUAAUACCAACAGCCAUUCCUGCCUUUUCUUGUAGAAAAUCAUCCUGUGUUAAGGAGGCAUUUACUAAUAUAAUCAUGGUCAUGGGUAAUCCCCCGCCAAAAAGCUUGUGAAAUCAUUGCAAGCAAUUAAACACACAUAGCAGCAAAGACAACUUAGGAAACUGGGUGGCCAAUGGAGUAAUGCUUGUAUUCUCCAGCAAGGCAUUUAACUUUGAGUAUGUUGACUUUAAAUUAGUGCAUUAUGGUUGGAAAAUCUCCAACAUCUAUUGCCAAAGGGCUCACUUUAGUAUUUGCUAAAGAUAAAUGCAACAAAACUGUACACAACAUAAUGUGCAUUGAUGUCUUCUAGGCCACAUUGUUUUUUUCCUAAGCAGGUGUGGGAGAUCUUAAUAAAAUUGCUCUAGAUACUUAUGCUUUUAAAUGGAAAUGGACUGCCUUCAAGUUGAUCCCGGCUUAUGGCUACCCUAUGAAUAGGGAUUUCAUGGUAAGCGGUAUUCAGAGGGGGUUUACCAUUGCCUCCCUCUGAGGCUAGUCCUCCCCAGCUGGCCAGGGCCUGCUCAGCUUGCCACAGCUGCACAAAGCCAGCCCAUUCCUUGUCUGCAACUGCCAGCUGGGGGGCAACUGGGCUCCUUGGGACUAUGCAGCUUGCCCACGGCUGCACAGGUGGCAGGGCAUGUAACCCCUGAGCCACUCACUGUGGGGCUGAUCUUUAGCUGGCCCUUUACACCCAGGAGACACGAGCGAGGAUUUGAACUCACAGACUCUGGACUCCCAGCCAGGCUAUCCUCCCCACCGUGCUAUACCAGCUGUUCUUAUGCUUUUACUUUACCACAAAACAUCUUAACGCACAGCCAGUGUGGAUGAUUCCUGUGCUAAAAAGUCUCGUAUCUGAUUUACAGAAAUCACUUGAGAUGUGACAAAGAGAACUCUAGACGUCAGAUCAAUUCUGUUGUUAGCCCCUGUGGUGCUGCUCAUCAAAGAACACACUCAUGAGAACUAACAGAAACUCAGUUUUUAUAGAAUAUUCUGGAUUUUUCCUGUGUGAUGUAUAUUAUUGUCUCAUGUUACAGUGGUUCCAAUUAUAUGAACUAUUAAAAGUAAAGCUUCCUAUUAACUUUA